AUGAAUCCUGCAACCGGUAUUCAAUCGCAAAUUCCAAAACUUUCUGGGCAGAAUUACUAUCACUGGCAUAUCCAGAUGAGGGUUUUACUGGAAUCUCAAGACUUAUGGAAUAUAGUAGAAGACGGGUUUCAAGCAUUAGGAACGAAUCCGUCAGAAGAUGCUAUCGCUGCACAUCGGGAAUCAACAAAGAAAGAUAGAAGGGCUCUACACAUCAUAUUCCAGUCGGUAAAUGAAACAGUGUUUGAACGUAUCGCUAUGGCAAAAACAUCAAAAGAUGCAUGGAUCACGCUGCACAAAUCUUACAGGGGUGAAAAUCGCGUCAAAACGGUAAAAUUACAAACUUUAAGAUGUAGUUUUGAUACGUUAAAAAUGAAAGAGGGUGAAACCGUAGAAGAUUAUUUUAAUAGAACAACCUUAAUUGUAAAUCAAUUAAGAAUGAAUGAAGAACAAAUAAGUGAACAGCGUGUAGUAGAAAAGAUACUACGAAGUCUGACUCGGAACUUCGAGUCUGUGGUCAUUACCGUGGAAGAAACAAAAGAUUUAGAGAGUAUGUCCACCGAAGAACUCAUGGGCAUACUCCAAUCUCACGAACUACGGAUGAAACUGUAUGAAGAUGUUCCCAUGGAACAUGCAUUUCAAAUGCAAAACUUAAACACAGACAGAUCCGGACAGAAUGUGAAGGGACGGGGCAAGAAUAAAAGUAGAUCUUGGGGCUCUAUAAGAUGUUUUAAUUGUCAGAAACUUGGUCAUACGGCCAAGUUUUGUCCGAAAAAGGAUGUAAACGAAAGAUCUGACAAUGCUCUAAUUCAUAAGGAAGAUGAAUUAGACGAGCAACAAGAUGACACCAUGUUUAUGAUCUUCAACAUGGAGGAGGCGAUUAAGGAAGAUUGCUGGUACUUAGACAGCGGGUGCAGCAAUCAUAUGACAGGUAAUAAAGGUCUGUUUGUAAAAUUAGACGAAUCACUUCAAAAGGAAGUGAGAACGGGGGACGAUAAACGAUUAGAAGUUCAAGGAAUCGGAGAAGUAAUGAUAUCUAUAAAAGGUCAGAAAAAGAAGGUUCAAAACGUAUUCUAUGUGAAGGGAUUAAAACACAACUUAUUAAGUGUGGGUCAAUUGCUACAAAAAGGUUACAAAGUAGAGUUUAUGAAGGAACGGUGUACCAUCAAGGAUACGAAUGAUCGUACAAUAGGAAUCAUUAAAAUGACAAACAAUAAAAUGUUUCCUUUGAACCCUGAAAAUGAUAUAUCACUAGCACUGUCAAUGACGACAACUGAUUGCUCUACUCUGUGGCAUGAACGUUUUGGACAUGUAAACUAUGACACCUUGAUUUAA